GUCAACAGUGAAACUGUCCAACAGAGAUGUCUACAUCCACGACUAAACUGCAGGAGCUCUACAACCGGCAGGGUUUCCUCUCCGCACUGCCUGUGUUGAAGGAGACUGAGCUGAGGGAGGCCAAGCAGGCCUUUGCUGAGCUGGAGAAGAAAUUUGGUGAAGAGUACACCCAGUACAGCCUCCACAAUGUUCACCUUCAGUAUCCAUGGGUGGGGAGCCUGACCAAACACCCUGAGAUCAUACAAGUGGUCAAAGCCAUCCUGGGCCCUGACGUCAUCCUGCUGGACUCCCGCUUCAUCUGUAAAUACCCAACACUCAAACCUGACAUCCAGGAGAAUGAAGACGCAGUGAACAAACCUGGACUCCCAUAUGUGGCCUGGCAUCAGGAUAUGAGGUAUUGGGGUAUUGCCGGUGGCCCUGUUCUCUCUGUGUGGCUCGCUUUAGAUGACUCACUGCAAGAGAACGGCGCCCUUCAGGUCAUCCCAGGUAGCCACUGCGCUGGCAUGUUGACCCAUCGCCAAGCCAUCCAGCCUGGAAACAUGCUAUCAGUCAAUCAGGAGAUCCCAGAGGAGCUGGUUCAGGCUGAUGAGGCUGUGUUUUGUCCUCUGUUAGCUGGGCAGAUGUCUAUUCAUGAUGGACUCCUCGUCCAUGCCAGUGAUCCCAACACAUCCCAGAAGAGGCGCUGUGGGUUUGUGAUCCGUUAUGUUCCCACCAGUGCAUAUCCCACAGAGGAUCCAGAUCGUCCCAGGAAGUUUGCUGCGACAGUGUUGUUAUGUGGAGCGGAUCGGUUCAAUCAUUUCUCCAACAAAACCACAUGAAUACUUCCUUGAUUCUUCCUACUGGCAAGAACAGUUACUUGUACGCUUUACUGUAAUAUUUCCUACUUAG